AUGUUUUCUCUGGAACAACAUGCCGAUUUGAUGAGCUUUUGUGAGCGCCUGCCGCCGUUUUCCUUCCUAUCCGACACCUUUUCAGUGUGUGCUGCCGCGACUGCGACUGUCGCUGGCGUCGGUCUUUCCGUUCUUUGUACUACUGGCCAAAGAGAGAACACUCGCGGAAAGAGGGACAAAUCGAUGAGAAGCCAGAGGGGAAAGAAGAAUGCGUCGCAGAGAAGUCUGAGAAAGAAGAAGCCGCAACCGCUCCCGAUGAAAGAAGCGGUGAAAGAAAAGAGUCUCAGAUCGAAGAAGAAGGAUGCUAGUGCCAGGUCCAAGGUUCAGGUGGAAUCGAAAAAACAGGAGCCCGAAAAGAGUGUUGUUCCCAAAAAGGUCACUCAGUUAUCAUACAAUUUUAUGCAGCGAUUUUAUUUUUCAGGAGAGCAGCAAGCGUGAGAAGAAGGGAGAUCCCAUGAAAGAGCUGGGAACGAACGACGAGAAAACCGAAAAGCCGUUGAUGCCCUUGUCGCUUCUGCCUCCUCCAAUCACUCCCAUUUCCCCAUCCGCUCUGGAGAAACUUGAUCCCACUUCCACUACUCCUCCGGCGGCUCAGACGGCUCCUGCUAAUGUUCCAGCUCCAGCUCCUGCCUCACCUACUCCAAAACAGUCCCCAGUUGCCGAGGAGAAGAAGCCGGAAGUUGUGGAGGCGAGCAAUGUCGUCGCGGUGGGAGGAGAAGAGAAAGCGCCGGAGAGUGUGAUGAUCGACAACCACGAGGGAGCGUCUCAGAUGAAGGAAGCGAACCGUCUGUACGGAGCAUCGGGAGAAGCGGCUGUUGCUGAGUGAGGAAAGGAGCUGAUAGGUAGACCAUUUGAUAAUAUGCUUCAGGGCCAAGAAACAGGUUGCAAUGGAGAAGGAGAACGCGAAGGAACAGCCGAAGGAGGAACCUGCUCCAGGGUGAGAAGAGAACUUCUUUGAAAGCUCACAGUUCACUUGUUUUCAGGGAUUCCCAGUACUUGUAG